UAUGCAUAUAGUAAAUUAACUUCUGAACGAGCAAGAUCAGACAUUUUCGUUCCAAAUAAGGAGUGAUCCAAAUUCAGCUGUUAUUCCCGUAAAGUUAUGGAUCAGCAAAAGCCAGAAAGCAGUACAAAUCACGGAAAGAGGACACGACCUUUGCUCCUGCAACCAAGCCCGAAGAUCGCUAGAGUUUCAGCCUACGCCAGCUCAACUUCUAGUGGUGUUCUAAAGAAUUCUAAAAAGACUAAUUCAAAGAAAUGUGAGGUGACAUACAAUAAGAGUGAUGUCCCACUUGCUGGUACCAUAGUUCCGGAUAAGUAUGUCCGUAAGGCGGGACCUUAUUUGCUGGGCCCUAAGUUAGGGCCCAGUCCUGUGAAGAGUAUAGUCCAGUGUUUAGCACGUAAGGAGAGAACAGAUGACUUUUAUCAGGUAAAAAUAUUAACAUUGAGGAGUGAUGGGCAAGAAACACAAGAUGACAGGCAAGGAAAAAUGUUGCUACACACAGAGUACUCACUACUAUCACUGUUGAAGGACCAAGAUGGAGUUAUACACCACCAUGGUCUGUUUAAGGACCAUGCAUUAGAAGAAGUGCCAAACCCCAAUGGCCCUGGUUUUAUUUACACUGGCCGAGUUAGACAAAGACUAUUCCUUGUGCUGGACUGUGUGACCUCCCACCAGUUCAGUGAGAAAGGCUCUGAACUCAUCAACCUGCAACAGUAUGUUACCAAAGUUAAGAAGGUUCCAGAAAAAGAAGCAAUAUUGAUCUUCUACGAUAUUGUUAGGGUAGUAGCAAAUUUGCAUAAGAGAAACAUAGUACAUAGAGAUAUAAAAUUAGGUAAUAUAGUAUUAAACCAAAGGACGGGCCGAGUUAUCAUAACCAACUUCUGCCUCGGGACUCAUCUCGGCAGCGACAGGGAUCUACUGAAAGAUCAGCGGGGCUCCCCGGCGUACAUAUCUCCGGACGUGCUGCAGUGUCGGCCAUACCUGGGCAAGCCGUCGGACAUGUGGGCGCUGGGUGUGGUGUUAUACACGAUGCUUUACGGACAGUUCCCCUUUUGUGACACCAGCCUCGCCCAACUCUUCACCAGGAUACAGGCCGCCAACUACAACAUACCGCCAGAUGGAAAUUCUGUACAGGCAUCAGACAAUACGAUAUUUCUCAUUCAAAGGUUGUUAGUGAAGGAUCCCAAACAUAGAUUAUUAGCAGAGGAGGUUCUAGAUCAACUAUCAAGUAUAAUAGCCAGUUAUGUGAUCGUACCCAAUCCACCUGAAGAUCUACAAGUGGUCCCCGAUGUGCCUUUAGACGAGGACACCAAAGAGAAGCCUGAAGGCACCCAAUCUUCUACCGAGGUGGACCGGAAGCCCUUCAUUACUAUACCGGAUAAUGGUGGAGAAACACCUAACGCUAAUGAAGAGUUAGGCAUAUUCUGCGUGCCACUACCAGAUUUCCUGGCACUAAAUUUCCCAUCACCGACGCGGGUUCAACAGAACGGCAUCAUCAUCCACCCCACGCAAACGGUCGACUCAUCAUCGAUCUCAUCACCGAACCAACAGAACCAGCGUCAGAUCACCGUCCAGAGGAUAGGCAGGGACGCCAGGCCUUUACUACCUUGUGAGAUAGCCAGGUAUCAGCACAUGUUCGCUUCCAACCAACCCCGGAAUGAGACGCAGACGAGAAGAGAAGUCCAGAACUUCGUACCUGAAAGACAAGAAAGGCAGGAGAAUACGAGGUUAAGAGCGUUAGCGCAGAGGAUACCUCGGUUGAAUCCAGUGGCAGCUGCAACGAACGGUCAAGGGACGAGUGCAGGAAGUUCUAACGACUUCAGAGCUAUACCCUGGUCGGAGCGAGGUAGAAGUGGUGACAGACUGUGGGAUGCAGACUACAUGGUGCGGCUUCCAGUCCUGGACCUUGGCAGGGUACAGGCCAGGGUACAACCAGACACGAGUUCGAGAUCUCCACCAGACACUACAGAUGAUUAUAAUUAGGUAAUUGAAUAUAGCAUGGAUAUACCGGAGAGGGAGGCCGAGAAAGAGAUGGACUGUGUGAAAGAUGAUAUGGAAAGAAAAGGAGUGAAUGAGAUGAAUGAAAGAGUUAAACAUAUACUGCUGACGAUAAAAGGAUGGGAUAAGGAAGUAGAUGAUGAAUAUUAUGUAGCAACAUUUAUUUUGGCGACUGUACUGUAAUUUAUUGGCGUUACAUUACUAUGCUACUAUGACUAAAGGUAUUAUUAGAUAUUGACAGUGAAGUAUAA